AUGCCAACUUUUUUCUCAACUGUGGAAGUACAGGGCUUGGAAUUUCAUGGAAAGGCGUCUACAUCCAAAAAACUGGCAGAACAAGAUGCUGCAAAGAUUGCUCACACUGCCUUAAAAGAGUGUGGAAUUCAUAUGUAUGCUGCGUUUUCUUCCUCUAUCAAAGAAAAUGAAGCAGUACAAUCAACUCAUGAAUCAGACUUUGUUAAAUCCAAGCAGAAACUCAACUUUGAAGAUGAAGAUGAACCUUUGAAUGAGGAGAUAUUAGACUUUUUUAAAUCCAAGCAGAAACUCAACUCUGAAGAUGAAGAUGAAUCUUUGGAUGAGGAGAUAUUAUUUGCUAAUAUCAAAGUUAACAAUGGCAAGCACAAUGAAUCUUUUCGACUUCCCCCUAAUAAAAAAAUGAAGAUGAGCAACAUGAGCUCUUCAUCUUCUUCACCCAAAUCAUAUCAAUUUUCAGAUGCCGAUGAUACAAGUCCGGAUCAAGCCUCUGGAUCGACUAGCAUUGAGUCGCGACCAAUUGCACUCACUAAGGCCAAACGUACCAAAAAGCGUUGGCUUGCGGAUUUUUAUUAG